AUGGAGGAAAACACAGUUUUCGAGAUCAACGACUUCACAAUCGUCACUGAGAUGGAGCAUUUUGGUGCGGCGUUCGAAGGAAUCAUUCAGAAAUACGAGUUUGCCGGUCGCCGACCGUGUUUAGCGGAUGAUAUCAAGUAUCGGAUGGUUGUCACGGACACUAAUGUGGUUUCUAUUGGAGAAAAUAAGCUCCGCAUUGAUCUUAUGCAACCCGUGCCACUGAAUCCGGAGCACACACUGCCCCAAACUGCUCCAGAAGUCACCGACGAUGAAACUGAAGAUUCCUAUUUUGCUCCAUUCACUGUCGCUGAAGAAAUCGCCAAUACUAAACAUGGAUUUGAGUGUACUGACAGUUUUGUGUUAAAGUUCGGAAUCCGCGAAUGCAUCAUUGUCUCACCAAACGAUCCGACAUGCCGACUUACCGAUGAAAACCAAGUGAACACAGUGAUGGGAAACAUUAGAACUGUGAUGCACUCGUGUAGAUGUGAGGUUCCAGUGUUCUGUUACAUCAAAGAUGAAACGCUGGACAUGAUUGCUGGAUAUGCGUCGGAUGGCAACUCUUCAUACAAGUUCUCAUCAGUCGUUCUUCGCAAUAUCAACAAUAGACACUGUACAAUGCACGACCUCCUCAAUAUGUUCAAGGAGAACUUGGGAACAACCAUAUCGGCGUUUCACGAGGAAGUUCGCAUGAGCUCGAGAUUCACCCAUGUCGUCCCGUUGAAACAAAAUGACUACCUUCGAAAUCAUACCGUUGACAGUUUUGGAGUUCUUGCCACUGGGCCGUCCGCCAGUUUGCCAUUCGACACACUCGAAGUUGCGGCCACUUGGCGUUUCUUCCGCGAGAACUCGUUGACUGAGAAUCGUGGCCAUUCGGACUUUGAUAUCAAUUAUGCCAACCACUGGAGUGUCAAAAUAAAAUCGACAAAGAGUUCAUUAUUGGGAGUUUUCGAAGUUAAAAAAUUGAGCAUAAAAAUAAUUGCAGAUGAAAUCCUUGGAGUUUACAAAGAAGAUACCAGAAAAGCGAUUCGCUCGGACCUCAAUUGCGCAGCAAUUCUGGGCAAGCACUUCACCCAAAAGGAUCUUCCAAAUGCUUUCCAGAAGCUUACAGUCAACUCAGCUUCAGAAGUGAAGAUCGGAAAACAUGGAGAAAUUGAUGACGAUGGAACAAAUGGACCCAUGUCGCCGGCUCUAAUGCGCUCAUGGGUCGAAUACAUUUUCAACAACCAAGGUGAACACGAGGUUUUGUCGCACGAGCUCAACCUUCUGAAUGCUGCCAGCAUGUCGGGAGAACAAUAUUCGGAGGAGGACCUUGUGAACAAUGUGAAGCUAGAUACUCUCUUCAACUACAAAGAUCCAAAAAUGGUAAACUCAUUCCUGGCUCCAUAUAAAUGCGCAAAAAAGCGUACGACGAGUUGGAGAUUGUCCGUGGCUCUGGCAAACGCGAGAGUCUUCUUGAAAGAUCAACCAAGAGCAGAACCACAGUUGUGGAUUGAGUUUUUGUUGGCUCUUCGCAAGAAGUAUGAGAAAAUGGAGACUGUUGAAUACGUUAACAAUGGAAUCGAUCAUCUGCAAUGUGCAUUUUCUCAAAAGAUGCAAAUGCUACAAAUGUGCAUUGAUGCCCGUCAGAAGCGGCAUAAAAUGUUCGACUCUGCUCAUAGUGCUAGCAACACUAGUGAUGAGUUUUUCGAUGCCAACGACUCCUUCAACGCUGAUACCACCCUGGAGCCUAACAAUGAAGGUCGUCUGAAAUUGGCUGGCAUGAACCUUGUCGGCAAUUCCUCACAACCCAUGUACAUUCCAAUCACUCAAGAUUCGUGUCCACUUACCGAUGAGAUGAUAGACGCUCGCAAUGAGCACUUGUUCAGUCUUGAUGAGGAGGAACGCGUGAAUCUCCAGAUGGAAUUGGUGAAGAGUGACAUGCAAAGUUUCAAAGCUGCCAACCCAGAUUCGGUAUUUGCCGAUUUCUUGAGAUGGCACUCACCAAAGGAUUACGAUGAGGCAACCGAUUCGAUUUCUGAGAGAAUGUUGAUUCCUAACAAUGUUUGGAUCAGAAGCUGGGAGGCGGCGCAACCUAUUCCAGUGGCAAGCCAAGCUCGUAUUUUUAACGAUACUAAAAUCGCUGAAGAGAUUUUCGAGCUUUUUAACGCUGCAACAUUAGAUCAAGUUCGUGAAUGGAUGAAACCAUCAAUCUUCGCUGCCACUUUGGAACGUCUCACCGAAAUUCAAAGCAGUUAUGGGGUUUCGGAGGAGAAGCAGAAGCAAAACGUCAAAAUCGCAAAAGUUCUAGCUUCAGCAACAAUGAACAAGUCUGCUUCGGAGUACGAUGAGAUUGCUAGGUACUGUAGUCAAGUGGAAAUGAUUCAUAAUAUGAAGGUUCACUUGAUUCAACUCGUCCAGAAUGCGAAAGAGAAGAUGCAUCCACCACAUCCAUCAGAGUCCGAAGUUCAAGCUGCCAUCAAGCAACUCGUCAAUAUUGCCGUUCACAACCUUUGGGAGGAUUCAGAGAAAGAGGAGCCCGAGCUGAUUGUGAAGCCUCAGGAUCCAAUUGGGAGAGCUCUGGCUUCAAUGGGAAAACUCAAUGAGCUCACCGAGCAACAAUUGAUCAAAGGCCAUCGGAAGGAAUAUAUUUUCAUCUGGGACUUUAAACGUCCGUCGACCACAUCUUUGCCAAUGUCUCAUCGUAUGUACGCGGAUUUGAGACAAGACAAGCAUAGCCUCUAUUUUGCUGUUGGAAAUGACUGCAAUUUUUCCAAUGCUUCAUUUCUCUAA